ACGCAGCCCUUCUGUGCCAACCCUCCCGGUACCCCUCCUGGCGCUCGGCAGGAACUGAGGGCAAGGGACGCGCCUCAGCCCCCGGAGGCCGGAGGGCGCCGCGGUCUCUCAGCAGCGAGUCAGCCCCCAGCCCGGCGCCACGUCCACCGCCAGACGCAGCCCCGGCCGCGCCUGCGCAUGCGCCCCCAGCGCGAAGCGCUCCGCGGGGCCCACGGCACGGCGCGCUCCCAUCAACCCCCGCGCCGCGCCGCCCGCGGGCGGGGCCGGAAGCGCCUGCGCGUUCGCAGCUCCCGGGCGCAGGGCGCAGGCGCGGGCGCCACCGGGAGACCGGCGUGGGGCGUGGCCGCGCCCUGCGGGGGCCGUAAGAGGCGGUCGCGCGCACGCAGGGGGCGGGGCUCACGUCUCGGCGGGGCCGGCAGCUUGGCCGCUAGGUCUGUGGUCCUCAGAGGGCCGGCGGGCUGGUUCUGCGUCCUUCCUUCUCUCCCGACCUUGGCCCGCGCCGCCGGUCCCGCCCGCUCCGUGCGUGCCGUCGAGGGAGCGGCACAGUCGUGGCGCCGCGCGGCCGCAGGUGAGCACAUGGCAGCCCCCGCGCCCGACCCCCAGUUCGUCCUACGCGGUGCCCGCUCGGCCGUGCAUGCGCUGCACUUCUGCCAGGGAGCCCAGGGACACCCGCUGCUCCUCUCGGGGUCGCUGCGUGGGCUGGUGCACGUCUGGAGCCUGCAGACGCGGAGGCCGCUCGCCGCCCUGGAUGGCCACGGGGGCCAGUGUGUGACCUGGCUGCACACACUGCCCCAGGGACCCCAGCUGCUCAGCCAGGGCCGCGACCUGCAGCUGUGCGUGUGGGACCUGGCGGAAGGCAGGAACGCCGUGGUGGAUGCCGUGCACCUGGAGAGCGUGGGCUUCUGCAGGGCCUCCGUCCUGGCCGAGGGCCCGCAGCGCUGGAUGCUGGCAGUGCCUGGGAGGGGCAGUGACGAGGUCCAAGUUCUGGAGCUGCCGUCCAAGACGUCGGUGAGCUGCCUGAAGCCCGAGGCGGGGGCCAGGCUGGGCAUGCCCAUGUGCCUGCAGCUCUGGCAGGCUGAGUCCAGCCCCCACCCGCUGCUCCUGGCCGGUUACGAAGACGGCUCGCUGGCCCUGUGGGACGUCUCCGCGCGGAAGGUGUGCAGCCGUGUCGCCUGCCACUCGGAGCCUGUCAUGGCCCUGGCCUUGGACCCGCGGAGGGCCAGGGGUGUGUCGGGCUCUGCGGAGAAGGUGCUGGCCGUCUGGAGCCUGGAGGGGCAGCAGGCACUGCAGGUGCGUGGGACCCACGAGCUCAUCAACCCCGGGAUCGCCGACCUCAAGAUCCGGCCAGACAGCAAGAUCCUGGCCACUGCGGGCUGGGACCACCGUGUCCGCGUGUUUCAGUGGCGGACAAUGAGGCCGCUGGCCGUGCUGGCCUUCCACAGCGCCACUGUCCACUGCGUGGCCUUCAACGCCACGGGCCUGCUGGCCGCGGGCUCCGGGGACCAGCGCAUCAGCGUCUGGUCACUCUACCCGCCCAAGUGACUCAGCACACAGAGGGUGCAGGCACAGAGGUGUGGGUCCUGGGCCCCCCGGGUCGCUCAGGCCCCCUUCUACCCGGGACCAAUUCCCCGUCAUGACACAGCUGUGUGGGCCCUGCUGGCUACUGUUUACGGCAUAGCCAGGCUGGACACUGGGCGCCUGCCAUCCAAGCAAGGGGCCGCGCCGCGUGCCUGACAGUAAACUUGUUUGCAGA